ACCAAACAUAGUUAUUAUUACAUAUGUGGCAUAACAUACUGUAGCUAGUGUUACAGCCUAGAGAGUUAGGGUCAACAACUAGUAAAGAAUCAAGCCAAUUGGUAGUCUAAUAAACUGACUUCAGCUUGAGUCCAAACCGACGAACAACUAUUCCGCACAGCCUACAUUUCAGCAACCACAGCAACUUCUUUCACAAUCGAAAAAGGCUGUCAAACCAUAUAUUGCUUCUAGAUCACAGACAAACAACCGCCGGAAAAGGAGAUGUCUGAAAACACGUCAGGAUCAAAGGAGAAUCUAACCUCUUCUGAAAAACACUCUAAAACCAAAGAGGAUAACCUAUCUAUACACAGUGAUCUGUCAGCUAGCAGUGACCGUCUCUCAGACAAACCUCAAAAGAACAAACUGGUUGGAGCAAUGAACAAGCUGAAUCCUUUUAAAUCAACUCCCAAAAAGGGCACUGAAGAUUCAAAGUUACUUGGGGACAAGGAGAGGCAGGAGGAGGAAAAGCCAAAAACAGUCAAAAGCAAUCUGAUCCAGAGAGAGAGGAAGGAGAGAACUGAAACACAGCUGGCAUUUCCUCCCAGACCCACUGAAGAGGAGCUGAAGGGUACAGCCUUACAUGACAGACUGAAGAAGAGGGAGACGGACGACAAUCAGGCUAACCGUAAUAUGAUCCCGAGCGAGAGGAAGGGGAAAACUGCUGUAACUCCAGUGGUUCCUCCCAGACCCACAGAAGAGGAGAUGAACAGACUAGCCAGACGUGGUCAGCAAAAACCUAAAAAAUACAAUCCGGACCAAUCUGACGAUCAAUGCCUUAAAGAGGGUGAAUCUCUCUUCCCGGUGGAAAAAGAGGAGGGAGAGGACAAGGACAGAGAGGAGGCCAAGGUUAACCCUACAGAUAGCACAGCAGCCAAGGUGAAAAUACCCACGAGACACAAUCCGUUCAUGCCACGUGGUGCUGGAGGCAAGGGUAAAGCCAUGCAGAAGAAGAGUGAACCCCAGCAGGGAGUUACAGGCAGUGACUCAACAGAGAACGAAGAUGGAAAUAAAUCAUUAUUCGACCAAUUGGAGGUAUUCCGUAUUAAUCCAGCGGAGCCAGAGAAUCAGCAGAAUAUGGAUGGCCUGAUGGAGUGGUGGAGCACAGUGGAGCAGUGGGAAGACAUGCCUCAAGAGGAUGACAUGACUGAAAAAGAGGAGGCCAAGGUGUUUGCAGUGACAGCUGAGAAGGUGCAGAAAGGUAUCCGUGUGUUCAACAAGCUGUUCUCAGAGCGUGCAGAGAGCCUGUGGCAGCACGUCAUUGACCUUAACAGCAUUGCAGACGCACUCGACUGUUUCAACAAGAAGACCAAGAUCGCCCAAAUCACUGGCGGCUCCACCAGCGCUGUAGGAGGCGUAUGUACCAUUGUAGGCCUCGCCCUGGCCCCCGUCACUUUCGGAACCUCCCUGAUUGUCACGGCAGUGGGGCUGGGUGUAGCCACGGCGGGCGGCCUCACCACGGCUGGAGCCGGAAUCUCCAACACGGUCAACAACUCCAUGGACCGCAAGAAGGUGGAGGCCAUCGUGACGGACUACCAGGAAAAGAUGAACGACAUCAACAAGUGCAUGCUGUUCAUCAAGCAGGGGAUUGAGAGCCUGCGCAGGUUCGACCUGCUGAAGAUGAAGAAGCAUGCGUACAACCGCGACUUCCCGGGUCUCAACAACAUCUACGAGGAUGGCGCCAUGGCUGGGAAGGCCAUCCUCAUUAACGCCAAUGAGAUGAUGCGUGUGGUGCAGAUCGCCAACGUGGCGGGCAGCACCGCAGCCAGAGCUGUCCAGAUUGCCAGCAUGGCCACCGGAGUGCUCACUGGCCUCUUUGUGGGCAUGGACAUCUACUUUGUGGCUAAGGACUCCAAGGAGCUGAAGAAGGGAGCCAAGUCAGAGUUUGCUGCCAAGAUCAGGGAGGUGGCGACCCAGCUGCAUGAUGGACUGGUGGAGCUCAAUGGCAUACGGGUUGAGCUGCAGUCCUCAGAUCCAGGCAACACCAAUGAGACCAACACCCCAGACACAGAUAAUACCAAUUAUAGCAAAAAACUGGACGUCUCUGAUGAGUAUACUGACAACUAUAAAACCUCUGACAACAAAAGCAUUGUUGAUAACAGCAAUACUUCAGAUAACAGCCAUCAGACCAGAAAAUCCUAAACUGUAUUUCCAACCCAUCUCAACAACGACACAUCCUGUCAGCAUUAACACUACUAGGAGCAACGUUGAGGCUCUGAUUCCUAAGUCUCUCUUUGAUAGCACAAGCACCCAUGCCUGAAACUGUUUCUUUUUUACAGACUGCAAAGAUAGAAACAGAUGUCAUCACUGGCUUGGGUUAAGAACUGUUAUUAAAAUAAGUAUUUGGACGACAAGAUCAUGUCCGCAUUUUCCGUUGUGUUGCCCCAAAGAGUUGUAUUGUUGUUGUGUGCAUUGUGCCUGUCUUGACAAUAUUAUAUACAGUACUUUAUGAAAAGUAAGGGUUGUAAGUUAAAGCUGUUUGUUCAUGGGGGCAGGAAAUAGUUCACAGAUGCAAAUUAUAGAAUUAUGUUUAUGUAGUGUCUGUUGUUUGUGGUUGUUGCCGUCAAUCAAGGAGUCUGCUUAAGCUG